CAUCCCCGAUGGGGCCGCCCCGCCUGCAUCCCUAGUUACAACUUACAAGUAUUUUAGAAUGGAGAAGUAAUUAAAUAUCAUCCAUUAAAAUAAUUUUAUUUGUGAUUCUUAUUUUUUGAAGGUAUAUCAAGUAUGGUAUUUAUUUUUUUUAUUUUUCGGAAGUAAAAGGGAAGCGUGAAGAUCAUGAUUCGUGAACCGUUUUGACGAAGACAAAGUAACGGCAAAAUAGGACAACCACAUGUUUUUUUGGUAAGAAUAAAACUCCAAAAAAAAUUGUAUGAAACACGUGUACAGUGUAUUACGGCAAGAAACACGUCUGAAACCCUACUCAAACAAUAUAUACCUAUCUUUCUCCGUCAUUCAGUCGCCAACAUUAGUACAGAAAUAGUUCUUCCACUUUUUAUCAUCUUAUGAGAGUCGAUCUCUAUAUCUAAUUUUAAUGGAGAUUUCAUGUUACUUUGAGUUUUUAUAUACUCAGUCCUUUGGGAUGGGGAGUUUUGGGAAUUUAUCUCUAAUAUAUUGGUGGAUGCAGGCAACUUGCUAACACACGUUGCAACCUGGAGCCUGCAGCCCGUAGAUGGGCUGGAAGGAAAAAGAAGCUACGGAGGAGUUCACCCCAAGAGGCAAUGUUGAUGCAUUGCAUAUGGUCUUAGGGAAAGACCAUAGAGGGCGGGUAGUCGGAAAAGAAGGCGUCCGCGUGGGGUUAAAGAAGGCAUUCGACAAAGAGUAUGUUGUUACUAGAUCCCGUGUUGCAGAAGAUGGGAGCACCCACUGUAGACUUGGCAAUCCGAUUGUCGAGGAUCAGCAAAGUCAACAUGGGGAUCCAAACGCUUCGGUCGAGCCAACACAUGAGUCCAUUACCCCCGUAGCACCCCAGCCCAUUACUACCCCUGAAGGGUAAAAUCCCACACCGGAGAUCAUGAAUUCCGUUGCUCAAAUUCCGGAGCCAACUCCCGAGCCAGUGGUACAGGAGACAACUCCUUGUUCUCUUUUGCUGCCUCAGUUAGGUGUUGCUAGUGAUGACGACUUAACUGAGGUUGCAUAUGGUGUGGCACAGCCAAUCAAAGAGGGUCAAACAGUACAUUCGAUGCCUGUUAUAAGUGGCCACAUCAGUGUGACCGUAGAACUAUUCUAAAGGGGUUUGAAGAUUUCUCACUCCCGAUUCCACUGCCAGAAUGGAGCCUUGAGAAAUUAUCAGACACCCUUGAAAGUUUCGUCACAUGGCCAUAUGCUUGGGUCCGAUUCACUACCAUGCAAAAGAGUCUAAAGGGCUCUAAGAGAGAGAUCGGUUCCUCAUCAAAGGUGUCGACUAGGUCAAAGUUGAUGGCAAUCACUCCAAUUUUGACUGAUGCGAAGCUAAAAGAUCUCUCUCAAGAUUGCAAAUGGCUGCACACAUGUGCAUCUCGCAUGUGUGAGGAAGACCCAAUCGUUCUAACUCUGCGGAAGGAACAAUUCUACUUUGUUGAGGGGCCAUUUGUAAUUAUUGGUCCUAGUGACAUUAGGCAAUUUUUGAGAGGAGAAAUGUUGAAUGUAGCUCAUAUCCAUGUCUACAUGAGUGCAACUUACGAGGAGCUAAAUUCUUUAGAACCUCUAAUAAAAAUUGGAUGGUUUUUUCCUGAGUCGAUUUUGGAUAGCGUAAAUGAUCCAGAUGACGUCAAAGCAUACAUUGAGACUGCUGUUAAUAAUUCCCUUGCAUCUGAAGGCAAGUUCAUUCUGGCUCCAUAUGUGGAAGAGUUUCAGCACAAUGAAGAAAGUGCGUGGAGAAAUUUGAUCUAUAUCCAGAGCCACAUUUCCGAAAUAGACAGCAGUAAAGUGAUACAGAUAAGGAUUAUGAUCUCGGGAUGGAGAAGAAAUAAGUGAUGAUCAUGAUUCCGAAGAAAGGGGUGACAAAGAGGAUGGUGACCCAUUCACUACAUAUGAGAAAAUGACUGAAGAAGCUUCACCAUAUCCCAUGGAGAUAGUAGAUGAUCCUACAAGCAUUACUAACAUUGGGUUUGAGAAGACAAAAGGACGAGGUCCUACGAAAAGCUUCAAAGUCACAGAACCCAUGCAAUUAGAAUACAAUGCAUUGGGUCAACCUUGUGGCAAAUGGCGUAGGUAAUAUGGAAAACAAAUCGGCAUAUGUAUCCGUAAGAUUUUCAUAUUGUGCGCAUGGAACGAGGUUCCAGAGGGUUUGAAGAGCUCUGUAUAGGAUGAUACUGUGAAUCUUUUUCAUAUUGAAAAUGAUGAAGAGAAAAAGAAUGUCAAAACAGGUUGGAUCACUAAGAAAUGUGCCCGUAAGACUAAGAAGGUCAAAACAGGAAAUAAAGGUGGAGACUUAUUAAGUGUUUCCCAAGCACCUACAAAGAUGCUCUAUGAAAUAUGAGGUUAUAUAUCAAAGAAUGAAUGAGAAGUGUUUGUUCCCAAAAAACUAUUCUCACCGAAGUUGUAUUUAUUCCAUUAUAUUAGCUUUUGAGUUAAUUUUAUUUCUUUUGAUUCAAUCAUUAAAUUAAUACAUAACAUGUGAUUUCUAUUGAUAAAUUAGAAAAAGCCUGAUAAAGCUUCUGAAUCAGCAAGUAAAAGGAAGUUUUAUCAUCGUUUGGGCCUCAAAACGUACGAUGAGGCCCGAAAAGAGUGGGUGGAUACGAGUUUAUACCCCAUCUGAGUUCCACGGCCUCAUCUACGGCUAUCUCUGCAUCUGUAAAUACUUCUACUGGAGAUCAAGUGUGAAAUUGGUAGUGCGGACUUUAUUUUCGAGAUUCCAAUGGUUCAUUGAGGGGUUAUUUUGUGCACUCAUUACAAAUAAGUCUUGAAUUACUAUCUUUCUCUCUUUCUUAAAAAACCUAAAAACUGUACACAAAUCUGCACCACCGCACCCUCCUCUGCUGCACCGCACCACCGUCGGCUGCCACUGCAUAACAGACAUCUGUCGCUGCUACUGUGUGGUGCUUUGACGUUGCUGCUGUGGGCUAUACUGUAGGUGCUCGACAGUUUUUUGCUCUUCACUUAAACCCUAAUCCCUAAAAAUCAAAAUUUUGAUUUUGUUUAAGGUAUUUUCACUCUUUAUCCUAAAACUUAAUAUUAAUCUUUAUUGUUCUAAUCUUUAAUCUUAGUGUUAAUCUUAAAUUUUUA